UCUCGAGUCUGUGGUAUCGUAAUCGGCCGGUAUCAAACCGAAAUUGUAAGGUUAGGUAUUUUUUAUUUAUAAGUUUAAAGUAUUUGAAAUAUAAGCAUUAUCGCUUGUGUUAUUUAUUACUAAAUAUCAAGUUGUUAAGUAAAUCGCAAUGCCGAAAAAUAAAAAACAAAAGAAAGAAAGUUCAAGCAGCGAUAGUGAUGACGGACCAGUUGACAGAAAUCCUCCUCCAGAAAAAAAGGCCAAGGUCAGUACCAAAACAGACGACAAGGAGCCGACUUGGGUUUUACAGGGCAAAAAACUUGUAAAAGUUAGAGAAUUUAAAGGAAAAGUUUAUGUUGAUAUUCGAGAGUUCUAUGAAAAAAAUGGUGAGUUAUUACCUGGAAAGAAAGGCAUAUCCUUACAACCAGAUCAGUGGAGGAAACUAUUAUCUUUAGGAGAUGAAAUAAAUGAAACAAUAAGUUCCAUGUGUUAAUUUAACUAAACUUUUCAUAUUUAAAUAAACUUGUUGAUCAUAA